ACGAGCUGAAGGACGGCCUGGACCGUUACAUUCAAGAGGAGCUCAAAGGCUCAAAGGUCAAACUGGUGAGGAACCAUAAAAGAGAAGGGCUCAUCAGAGGCCGAAUGAUAGGAGCCUCACACGCCACAGGCGAUGUCCUCGUUUUCCUCGACAGUCACUGCGAGGUCAACAACGCCUGGCUGCAGCCGCUGCUCACUCCCAUCCAGAAAGAUCGCCACACAGUGGUGUGUCCCGUCAUCGACAUCAUCUCUGCGGACACCCUCACUUACUCCCCUUCCCCUGUUGUCAGGGGGGGGUUUAACUGGGGGCUGCACUUCAAGUGGGACCCUGUUCCUCCCUCUGAGCUCAGUGGAUCAGAGGGAGCCACUGGACCAAUCAGGUCUCCCACCAUGGCAGGUGGUCUGUUCGCCAUCAACAGGAAGUACUUCAUCGAGCUUGGCCAAUAUGACGCCGGCAUGAACAUCUGGGGUGGAGAAAACUUGGAGAUCUCCUUC